GAAAAGAGUUCAACUUCAACCGGCUGACGAGCUAACCUCCAAAUCCAAAUGCGAGUAUAAACGUUUUGUUAUAGCCUAUCUGUCGCUUAUGUAGAUGUAUUUGAAAUUUUAAUAAUAUGCUACUGUUUUGACUAUUACUUAAUUGGUUCUUAAUUUUAAAAAUGGCUAAAGUUCAGGGGAAGUCCAAGGGCCCAGCUCCAACCGUUGAUCAAAUAAAUGCUGAUCGUAUUACGCAGUUAGCAAACCAGUACUGGGCUCCUCACACAGAACAAAAGCACUUGCCGUAUGAUCCAAAAGUUGUUGACGAUAUUUACAUAACUGAAUUGUUGGGCUCCAGGUUCUCUAUCCGUCGAACUAUGAUGUUGGAGUUUAGUCAAUAUCUUGAGAAUUAUCUGUGGCCCAAUUAUAAGACAGGCGUAGCUUCACAUGCCCACAUGAUGUCAAUUGUUGUCAUGCUCAAUGAGAAGUUCCGUGAAAGAGUUCCAGCUUGGGAUGCUCUGAAGAAAAGAUCAGAACAUUUUGUUGGAUUUUUUCAACAAGUGUUAGAAACAUGUCUUUCUGCCAAUAGUAUCCCAGAAGAAACGGCUCUAAUUGUAUUUCUGAAUCACUGCUUCAAUAGUAUGGAAAUCGAAUUAGUACGCGAACAAGUCAAGAGGCUUGUGUCAUUAUCCAUGUGGGUCUCUUUACAAGAGGGAAGACGAGAAUACGAACUCCGAAAGGUUCCGAAAUGGAAUAAAUUCUGGAGUAAAAUCCAAAAACGAGAUCCUCCUGACAUGAAAGAAAAACUCGAUUGGGAGAGAAAAUUUCUACACAGACUGGUGCUGAAAUUUAUUUCUCGUCUAGAAUCAACUCCAAAAGAAGGUGAAGUGAGUGCAGAAUAUAUCCACUAUUGCGAGCGAUUUCUGGAGCUGAUGAUCGACCUGGAGGCGCUGCUGCCCACGCGACGAUUCUUCAACACGGUGAUGGACGACUGCCACCUCGUCGUCAGGUGCUACCUCUCCAAAAUGGUCGAGCGCGAGGAUGGCAACUUGUUCUCUAAGUUGCUGGAAAUGCUGAAAUUCUAUUCAAGAUUCGAAAUCAGCGAUGAGACUGGUGAUCCGCUAACUGAUCACGACAUGACUCAAAUACACUAUUCAAAUAUCACCUCUCUACAGAGAGCUGCAUUUGCAAAAUUUCCAGAUCUUCGGAGCUUCUCCCUGGCAAAUGUUGCAUGUGUGGAUACCAGAGAAAAACUAAUGAAACACUUUGGCCCUCUCUCACAACAGAAACUGAGAGAGAUAGCGCAGUAUCUAAAUCUUGUUCCGACUCCAGAGCGAUCAGAAAAAGAAGAUUGGUUCAGAUACGACUACGAAUUUCUUUUAGAACUACUUAUUUCAAGACACGAGCGUCGCCCAUCGCAGCUGGAAGAGCUGAAUGCAAUGCCACUCUACCCGACCGAGGAGAUCAUCUGGAACGAGAACAUUGUGCCGACAGAGUACUUCUCGGGAGAAGGCUGUCUUGCGCUUCCCAAACUCAAUCUCCAGUUCCUCACCUUGCAUGACUACCUGCUCAGAAACCUCAACCUAUUCAGGCUCGAAUCUACUUAUGAAAUACGUCAAGAUAUCGAGGAUGCUAUCAGUAGACUUAGUCCAUGGAAAGAUGAGGACGGUGGCGUGUUCUUCGGAGGGUGGGCGCGAAUGGCGCAACCGAUUGUCAAUUUCGCCGUAGUUGAAGUGGCCAAACCAAAUAUCGGCGAAAAGAAGCCAUCGCGUGUGCGUGCUGACGUCACUGUCAACCUCAGUGUCAGGUCCGAAAUAAAGGGCGAAUGGGAAAACCUGCGCAAGCACGAUGUGUGCUUCCUAAUAACAGUGAAACCAAAUAUCUCGAUUGGGACAAAGUACGACUACAGGAAGCCAUUCCUGGAGCAGUGCGGCUUGAUCUGUGUGCGUGGCUGUGAGAUGGAGGGCAUGCUCGACCAGAAUGGCCGCGUGAUCGAGGAAGGACCCGAGCCCAAGCCUGUCAUCCCCGGCGACUCGCGCACCUUCCGCGUCAUCCUCGACUCCAACCAGUACAGGAUCGACAUGGACAACGUAUCUCAAGGACAGGAGGACGUCUACGAAACGUUGAAUGUCAUCAUGCGAAGAAAACCGAAAGAAAACAAUUUCAAAGCCGUUCUGGAAACUAUUCGCGAGUUGAUGAACACCGAAUGUGUCGUCCCAGACUGGUUGCACGAUAUUAUUCUGGGCUAUGGUGACCCUGGGGCAGCGCACUACAGCCAAAUGCCCAAUGAAAUCGCCACCAUGGACUUCAACGACACUUUCCUCAGUAUGGAUCAUUUGAGAGCUAGUUUUCCCGAGCAUGAGAUCAAAGUAAAAACUGAUGAUCCCAGAAAACUCGUGCCUCCAUUUCGGUUAACUUUCGAGGAAGUAAAUCAGAAACAAGACCCUGAUCGUCAUCCUGAAAAACCUUUGAAGAAGUCGAUUUUAGUAGAGCCUCAUGUGAUCCCCAGUCGAGGGCCUUACUUGUUCAAUGAACCCAAGAAAAACUCGAUCCUCUUCACACCCACACAGAUCGAAGCGAUUCGUGCUGGAAUGCAACCGGGAUUGACGCUGGUGGUCGGUCCGCCAGGAACUGGUAAAACUGAUGUGGCUGUUCAGAUUAUAUCAAAUCUCUACCACAACUUCCCAGCCCAAAGAACAUUGAUCGUUACUCAUUCCAACCAGGCUCUGAAUCAGCUGUUCGAGAAAAUCAUGGCUCUGGAUAUAGAUGAGCGGCACUUACUUCGUUUGGGUCAUGGUGAGGAGGCUCUGGAAACCGAAAAAGAUUUCAGCAGAUAUGGUAGGGUAAAUUAUGUACUUGCAAAACGAUUAGAUCUACUAACUGAUGUUCAACGACUUCAAGAGAGCUUACAAGUGGAAGGAGACCAAGCAUAUACUUGCGAGACAGCCGGUCACUUUUUCCUCUAUCAUGUUCUAGCGAGGUGGGAAAUAUUCAUUUCCAAAGUGAAGCCAACAAGUGGUAAGCCUGUACCAGUGAAAAUGGUGAAAGAUGAGUUUCCGUUCAAUGCAUUCUUUGAUAACGCUCCAAAACCUCUGUUCAAAGGUAAAAGCUACGAAGAGGACAUGGAUAUUGCUGAAGGGUGCUUCAGGUACAUUGAGAAAAUAUUCACCCAACUAGAAGAGUUCAGAGCGUUCGAAUUGUUGCGAAGUGGACUCGAUAGGUCCAAGUAUCUACUGGUGAAGGAAGCGAAAGUGAUAGCCAUGACGUGUACGCACGCAGCUCUGAAGCGCAGAGAACUCGUAGAUCUCGGUUUCAAGUAUGACAACAUACUGAUGGAAGAAUCAGCGCAGAUUCUCGAAAUAGAAACGUUCAUUCCGCUGCUGUUGCAGAAUCCGGAGGAUGGCUUCAGUCGACUGAAGCGCUGGAUUAUGAUUGGUGACCACCAUCAGCUGCCGCCUGUCAUCAAGAACAUGGCUUUCCAGAAGUUUUCCAACAUGGAGCAGUCGCUUUUCACCAGGAUUGUGCGACUCGGAGUGCCCACUGUCGAUCUCGAUGCACAGGGUCGAGCUAGAGCAAGCAUUUGCAACCUGUACAACUGGCGGUACAAGAAGCUGGGCAAUUUGUCGCACGUGGAGGUGUGGCCCGAGUACCGAGUGGCCAACGCAGGAUUCGUGUUCGACUUCCAACUCAUCAACGUCGAGGACUUCAACGGCGUCGGCGAAUCUGAGCCCAGUCCCUACUUCUAUCAGAACCUGGCUGAGGCGGAGUAUUGUGUAGCAGUGUUCAUGUACAUGCGACUGCUCGGCUAUCCAGCUGAGAAGAUUUCCAUACUCACCACCUACAACGGACAAAAGCAUCUCAUCAGAGACGUCAUCAACAUUCGUUGUGCUUCGAAUCCUUUGAUUGGUAGACCACACAAGGUUACAACAGUUGACAAGUACCAAGGUCAGCAGAACGACUACAUCCUUUUGUCGCUAGUGCGUACCAAGGCAGUCGGUCAUUUACGCGACGUGCGUCGCUUGGUCGUCGCCAUGUCUCGAGCCAGGCUCGGUCUCUACAUUUUCGCCCGCGCCUCUCUCUUCAAGAACUGCUUCGAACUGACACCGGCCAUCAAUCAGUUGAUGAGUAGAGCGGCGCAUCUGCACCUGUGUCCCUGGGAGACGUUCCCCUCCUCCCGCCAGCACAUGGCCACCCCUCCCAAGCCCCCCCUCAUCAUGCACGACAUGCAGCACAUGGCCAAAUUCGUAUUCGACUUCUACAUACAGCGAGUGCAGAACAUGAAGGCUGCUUUUCACGAUGCUCAAAAGACGUGGCAGAAGCCGGGCACUCACAGCUCAAUUGAGCCGCAAAGGAAGGUGCCCAUCCACCCUGGAGGAGAUACGGACAGUGAGAGUGACGAUGAACAACAGCCCCAGCCCCAGCCCCAGCCCCAGUCCCAGCCCGUCAAAGUUUCCAACAAAAAAUCAAAAAAACCUGUUCCAAUGGAAACAAGCUCCUAAUCACCCUCACACUGUGUCUAGUGUGUAUUGGUGUUUUCAAAUAUGGUUGAUAUGCUAUAUUCGAACAUUUUUCAAUGAACACGAAAAUUUUAUCUCAAAAAUGUAUCCAAGUGAUAUACUACAUUUUCAAUAAUUGCGAUUGUUUUAGAACUGAAUAAAUACCAUAGGCUACCUAAUUAUUUAGACGGCCAAUUUUAAGUCAAAUAAACUAGAUCUUGAAAUUUAGAUUUAUAUUUUAUUGUUUUUUUAAGAUAGCAAUACAAGUUUCCAUUUUAUAUUUCCUCUAUACUUUCUUUAUUCUACAUGAAUACAUGUAAUUCUAAGAAAAUUUGGUCAUAGAUUCAAUUUUAGAUUAACGCAAUUGAUAUUUUGAAGAAGUUUUGAUUCUUUUUCAGGCUGCUAUGGAAUCAUGUAACUUCUUUCAAGAUUUUAUAUUCGUGACGAAUAUAAUAGUUUUUACAAAAACAAAUUUAAUACAGAAUUAAAUCAUGUAGAAUAUUUUAUUAAAAAAUACUAAAAAUGUAAGCAAGACUCGUAACUUGAAGUAAAGAGUGUAUUUUGUGAAUACUA